GAAAGAGAGAACCAUCGACAGAACUCUUGCCAAAACCCAUUCGCUCUCCCUUCAUCGAACAUUCUCCUCCCUUUGAUUUGAUUUUACUACUCCAUCUGGCUCUCUGAUCGAUUUUCCAAGAAUUCAGGAAUUCUGCAGCAAUUUUUGAUUGCGUCUAGGGUUGGUGUUUACUGUCUUCCUCAUUUACAUAAGAACAGGAUUUUGCAGUUUUUGAUUCACAUCUAGGAUUGGCUCAGUUGCAAUCAGAACAGGCAUUCAUUCUUUUCUUUUUUUUUAUCUGGAGUGGUGAUUACCUUGAACAACUCAGAUGGAAGCUAAAUUCUUUCGAUUUCUUAAAAUCGUGGGAGUAGGAUUCAAGGCCAGAGCUGAAUCAGAAGGCAGGUUGCUGUUUCUGAAAUUGGGUUACAGUCAUGAGGUUGAACUGUCUGUUCCACCAGCAGUUCGUGUGUUCUGUUUUAAACCUAACAUAGUUUGCUGCACUGGAUUAGACAAGCAAAAGGUGCACCAAUUCGCUGCUGCAGUUCGUAGUUGUAAACCUCCUGAACCCUACAAAGGAAAGGGAAUAAUGUAUACUGAUGAAGUUAUAAAGAAGAAGCAAGGGAAGAAGUCCAAAUGAUUGUGCCCAGGCUUGCCUUACUGCCUUAGCUUAGAAACAUUUUCUUAUAGCAUUUGGGUUUCAAGGGCUAGAUGCAUAGAGACAUCCUACCUUGUGUGCCUCUAGUAGCUUCGUUUUGGUUUUGUUCUCAUUUUGAUUCUUAAGAGAACGAAGUAAAAUUGUUGAGAUAGAAAUGAAUUGUUUUAGCAAUGAGAUAUUGUUCGUUCGUUCUUUAUUUUGUUUCUGUCACUUCGAAAUGUUGUUCUUCCAGUAAAAAAUCUUAAAAUUUCAGAUUUUA